GCCACGCCGCCGCCGCACGGCGGCGGCGGGGACGACGGCCUCGACCCGGGCCUCGCGGGCGAGGGCGGGCCGGCGCGGCCGCCCGCGCGGGGGCGCGGGCGCGGCUCUGCCGCGGCGGCCGCCCCCUCCGCGCCCGCCUCCAGCGACGACCUGCAGACCGAGGCGGCCAGCGACGUAGACGCGCCGCCGCUCCCGCGCAGGCACGCCAGGAAGCAGGCGCGCGCCAGCCAGGAGGCGGCGUCGCCGACGCGCAGCGGCGGGGGCGGAGACAGCCUCGACCUGGACCUCUCGGACGAGGGCGGGCCGCCAGCGCCGCCUCCGCGAAGGCGUGGGCGUGGCUCUGCUGCAGAGUCCGCCUCGACGACCCCCGCUGCUGGUGACGACUUGCAGAUGGAGGCCGCCGGCGAGUUGGACACGUCGCCGCUCCCUCGCAGGCACGGCGGCCAGCAGAAGCACGGCAGCAAGGAAGCGGCUCCGCCGAUGCGCAGCGCUGGCGGGGACGAGAGCCUCGACCUGGACCUCUCCGACGAGGACUCGCCGUCGGCGCCGCCUCCGCGGAGGCACGCCGACAGGGAGGAGCCUGCCGCCACGCAGCAGGCCAUCGGCACAACGCCGGCUCCCGACGGCGACGACCUGGACCUGUCCAUGCCCGACGAGGGCGAGACUCCGCCGUCGCCAGUGCGCUUCAAGCGAGAGGCCCCCCACAGGCAGGGCACGACCUCUGCUCCUCCCCUCCGUGGUGCUCCGGAGGCCUCCUCCGCCGCCCACGCGGCGGCCAGCGAGGCGAGGCCGCGGGCGCGCAGGCGCCUCACGCUGGGGCGAGCGGCCGAGGAGGACGCCUCCAAGGAGGCCUCCAAGGAGGAUGCAGACUUCUCCAGCUCCGACGGGGAUGCAGUGGGGGCGGACGAGACCACCACGACGACGGUCGGAGGACGCCAAAUAUACACCUACGCCGAUCCUGCCCAGGUCGAUUCUGAGCCCAGCAUCGGUGCACGUGGCUUCCUGGCCAUGCUGGGAGGGCGUGCAGUCAACACCAGCCUUCUGGAGAGCAUCUGAAGCAGUGAAUUCCAGAAUUUUUCCAUUCUGGGCAUCCUUUGUACGUUUUCUGCGUCCCUGGCCCAGGGGUGCCCCAGCAUGAGCGUGUUUAUUUAUCGCUUGGGGCAUGACAGGCGUCAUGGCUCCCGCCUCCCCCCCCCCGCCGCCCUCCCCCCUUUGACGUAACGCCCGCCGCCCCGUCGCUCGUUGCUCGUCG